AUGACCACCACAAUUACACAAAAUGGCUUGAUGACCACACUGCACAAACGUCCUGUUGCAGAUGUGGAGGUGUUAGUGUCUCAGCUUCUACAUAGUUUCCAUAUUGAAUUCAACAACAUCAACAACACAACUUCAACAACAUCAACAAGACAACGUCAACAACAUCGACAACACAACUUCAACAACAUCGACAACACAACUUCAACAACAUCGACAACACAACGUCAACAACAUCGACAACACAACUUCAACAACAUCGACAACACAACUUCAACAACAUCGACAACACAACUUCAACAACAUCAUCAACAACGCAACUUCAACAACAUCGACAACACAACUUCAACAACAUCAUCAACAACGCAACUUCAACAACAUCACAUCAAAUCAACAUAA